AUGGGUUAUGAUGACUCCAAGCACGCUCAUCAUGAGCCGCCCAGCGAGAAAUGGGUCGACACCGCUGGUGCCCAAACCGCCUUCACAGCAGAGCGUGAUGAGACUUUCGCAGAUUCGAUUAAGAAAAAUAAGCGGGCAGUACUCUGGUCUCUGAUGCUUUCCACGGCCAUCAUCAUGGAAGGUUACGAUACGUCUCUUCUCCCGUCCUUCUAUGGUUACCCGUCCUUCCAGAAACAUUACGGCGACUAUUAUCCGGAUAUUGACGGCUACCAGCUUUCAGGACCAUGGCAGGCGGGACUCAGCAACGGGGCCAAUGUAUAUUGCAAUCUGUGCUGGGCCAUUGGCCAGCUCAUCGCCAAUGGUAUCCUUCAAGGCCUUGUGACAAAUACAACAAAGUGGGGCUACCGCAUUCCUGGGCCAUUCAAUGGGUCUGGCCUCCUAUGCCAAAAGACGCUGGCGCGUCUUACUGACAGUGACAGCGACAGACUCAACGCCACGAUCUCACAAAUGGUUCACACUAUUGAGAUUGAGCGAGAGAUUGAAUCAGGGUCUUCCUAUUGGCACUGCUUCAAAGGUAUUGAUCUUCGCCGAACCGAGAUUUGCUGUCUUACCUUUGCAACUCAAAUGCUCUCAGGAGCCCAAUUUGCUUACGGGCCAUCCUACUUUUUCCUCCAGGCCGGCAUGGACACGGAAGAUGCCUACAAGCUUGCAGUUGGCAGCCCUGCUCUCGCCUUUCUCGGCACCGUCCUGUCGUGGUUACUACUGACCUACUUCGGCCGUCGGACCAUCUUUCUCGGGGGCAUCUCUACCUUGGCCAUCCUACUAUUCACUAUUGGCAUGAUUUCCGCUACCACCAGCGCUAACAAUGAUAGCGCCCUUUGGGCCCAGGCAUCGCUAUGCUUGAUUUGGCAGCUAGUCUACUCGCUCACACUUGGGCCUAUAGCUUAUGUUAUCAUCUCCGAGACCUCCGCAGUUCGGCUUCGGGCCAAGUCUGUCGUCCUAGCCCGUAAUACAUAUAACAUUACCACAGUCUGGGCCGCCGUACUCGAACCUUACAUGAUCCAUCCAAAAGAAUGGGACUGGAAGGGCAAGACCGCAUUUUCUGGUGCGGAACAAGUGUACUGA